CGCAUCCCCGGCACCGCCCGCCGGGUUGAGCGCUUCGCCUCCGGUGCGGUGCCGCUCUGUGGGUUUCCCUUUCCUUCCCGGUGCAGCCCUCGGGGAUCCGCCGUGAGCUCGUUAAAAGGAACGGGAUGGGGAAGGAGGGAGGGCGCGGGGUACCGCUGGAUCCGCAGGGCGGGAGGAGCGGGCUGGGAUGGAAGGCACGGGCGGUGCGGGGCGCAGUGCGGGCACGGCACGGAUCGCCGGGAUGCUGUUUGCUACCAGCGAGCGACUCCUGAAACUGAGAACGUGGGCAGAUGCCCCGUCCUGCCGAAAGAAACGGGCUGUUCUGUGCGAAAAGAGUGACUUAGAAGCUGGGAUGUAUUAUUUAAAGGAAAUUCGGGCUGAGAUCUUUGCGGGGUCCGUCGGGCGGCAGUGGGCUCGUUAACGUGUGUUCCUCUCCGCAGUCGUCCUGAUGGACUCGAAAGAAUCCCAAGCGGAGCUGGGCUGGACCUCACACCCGGCCAACGGGUGGGAGGAAAUCAGUGGUGUGGACGAGGAGUACAAACCCAUCCGUACCUAUCAGGUGUGCAACGUCAUGGAGCCCAACCAGAACAACUGGCUGCAGACGGGUUGGAUCGCCCGGCGCGACGGCCAGCGGAUCUUCAUCGAGCUGAAGUUCACCCUGCGGGACUGCAACAGCAUCCCAGGUGUGACAGGCACCUGCAAGGAGACCUUCAACCUCUACUAUGCUGAGUCCGACGCCGAUCUGGGCCACAGCAUCCGCGAGAGCAAACACACCAAGAUUGACACCAUUGCUGCCGACGAGAGCUUCACGCAGGGAGACCUGGGCGAGAGGAAGAUGAAGCUGAACACAGAACUGCGGGAGAUCGGGCAUCUGAGCAAGAGAGGCUUCCACCUGGGCUUCCAGGAUGUGGGUGCUUGCGUGGCCCUGGUCUCCGUGCGGGUUUAUUACAAGAAGUGCCUCAGCACCGUGCAGAACCUGGCGGUUUUUCCAGAUACGGUGGCAGAGACGGCUUUUGCCACGUUGGUGGAGGUGAAGGGCACGUGUGUCGAGCAUGCCUGGGUGGAUGUGGAUAAUCCCCCCCGGAUGCACUGCAGUGCUGAGGGAGAGUGGUUGGUACCCGUCGGGAAGUGCCUCUGCAGCCCAGGCUUUGAGGAGAGGGACGGGAGGUGCAGAGCAUGCCUUCCAGGAUUUUACAAGCUCUCCCUCCGCCUCCCUCUCUGCUCUCCUUGCCCUGAGCACAGCUUCACGCAUGAGGAAGCCUCCACCUUCUGCUCCUGCCAGAAGAACUACUCCAGGUCCCCGUCAGACCCUCUGUCUGCCUCCUGCACGCGCCCACCAUCUGCCCCAAGGGACCUGGUGUACAGCCUGCGGCGUUCCUCGCUGGUGCUGCGUUGGAGCGCUCCUGCCGACGCGGGCGGCCGCAGCGACCUGACCUACAGCCUGUGGUGCGGCCACUGCCCAGCACCGAGGGGCGGCUGCGAGCAGUGUGGCAAUGGUGUGGGCUUCGUGCCGCAGCAGACGGGACUGGUGGAGCGCACCGUUACGCUGGUCAACCUGCUGCCCCACGCCAACUACACCAUCCGCGUGGUGGCCCUCAACGGCGUCUCGGCUGGCAGCCCGCUGGCAGGACAGCCCUACGCUGAGGUCAACGUCUCCACUGGGCUUGCAGUGCCAACCCCUGUCACUGACAUCCGCACCGAUAAAGUCGAGCAGAAGAGCAUCUCCUUGUCGUGGCAGGAGCCAGGCUUCCCAACCAACAGCACCGAGUACGAGGUCAAGUACUACGAGAAGGUAUGGCUCUGGGGAUGGAACCAGCACCCAUGAGGCUCUGUUCCUCAGCACCUCAUGGCUCAGUGGUGGAAAAUAGGGGAUGUG